UUUAGUUAAUUUUAAUUCCCUGAUAUGAAAUUUGUUCCCACAAUGUUAUCAGGCGUGUUUACUAUAUAUAUAAUAUACAUUGACUUCUGUAUUGCAGAGAAUAAUGUUGGGAUAGGAGUUUGUAUCUUUACAAUGGAUAAUAAGCUUGUUAGGUUGUUGGAGGAUAUAGAGAGAGCUGGAGAGAAGGUUCUAGCAACCCGUCAGGAGAUUAUAGACCUGGAUCGGAGAAGAAAUUCAAACAGAGAAGCAAUUAGAGGUCUUGAGAAACAUGCAAGAGAACAUUACAAAGGAGAUAAUAGUAAAGGAUGGAUUGCUGCUGGAAACACGUUCCUGAAGAUACCGAACCAUACUGCUCGAUCCAUGCUGGAGAAGGAUCAGAAGGAACUUGAUAUCACAGUCAACCUUCUCAGAUCAAAACUCAAGGAUGGAGUGAAUGAUCUCCGGGAGAAGGAAGGAAGAGAAGAACUGAAGGGAUUUGGGCUCACUGCUCUCUCUAAGGAUGAACUGGGAAUGGUUCAGAAGACAAUUAAGGAUAACUUUUCUGAAACCAAGAAAUAUCAUUUCUCAAAGUUUUGAACCAUGUUUUUCCUGUUAAAACAAUAAUUCAAUCAUGUAAGAAACCAUGAACAAAUCCCGCAAUUUUUUCAG